AUGGCUUCGCUGUACCAGAGGUUCACGGGCAAGAUCAACACCUCGCGCUCCUUCCCGGCGCCCCCCGAGGCCAGCCACCUCCUGGGCGGCCAGGGGCCGGAGGAGGACGGCGCGGGGCCCAAGCCCCUCGGAGCCCCGGCGGCCGCGGCGGCGCCCCGGGAGCGCGGCGGAGGCGGCAGCGGCGCGGGCGGCCGGCCCCGGUUCCAGUACCAGGCGCGGAGCGAUGGUGACGACGAGGACGAGCUGGUGGGGAGCAACCCUCCCCAAAGAAACUGGAAGGGAAUAGCGAUUGCACUCCUUGUGAUCCUGGUCAUCUGCUCCUUGAUUGUCACCUCGGUCAUACUGCUGACUCCAGCGGAAGAUAAUAGUCUGUCUCAAAAGAAGAAGGUCACAGUAGAAGAUCUCUUCAGUGAUGAUUUCAAAAUUCAUGACCCUGAGGCUAAGUGGAUAAGUGAUAAAGAAUUCAUCUACAGAGAACAGAAAGGAAGUGUGAUCCUGCGGAAUGUUGAAACAAAUGUUUCUACAGUGUUAAUAGAAGGCAAAAAAAUUGAAUCAUUAAGAGCCAUCCGAUAUGAAAUAUCUCCAGAUAAGGAGUACGCUCUGUUUUCAUACAAUGUGGAGCCAAUAUACCAACACUCCUACACUGGAUAUUAUGUCCUGAGCAAAAUUCCUCAUGGGGAUCCUCAAAGUCUGGACCCACCGGAAGUGAGCAAUGCAAAACUUCAGUACGCAGGCUGGGGUCCUAAAGGCCAGCAGCUGAUAUUUAUCUUCGAAAACAAUAUCUACUACUGCGCGCACGUCGGGAAGCAGGCCAUCCGCGUGGUCUCGACUGGGAAGGAGGGCGUGAUCUACAACGGCCUCAGCGACUGGCUGUAUGAAGAGGAGAUUUUGAAGACUCACAUCGCCCACUGGUGGUCUCCGGAUGGCACGAGGCUCGCCUACGCCACCAUCAACGACUCCCGCGUGCCCAUCAUGGAGCUCCCAACCUACACUGGCUCCAUCUACCCCACGGUGAAGCCCUACCACUACCCCAAGGCUGGAUGUGAAAACCCCAGCAUUUCCCUGCACGUCAUUGGCUUAAAUGGACCCACCCACGAUCUAGAGAUGAUGCCACCCGAUGAUCCACGGAUGAGGGAGUACUACAUCACCAUGGUGAAGUGGGCCACCAGCACCAAGGUGGCCGUCAACUGGCUGAGCCGGGCGCAGAACGUGUCCAUCCUCACCCUCUGCGACGCCACCACUGGGGUCUGCACAAAGAAACACGAGGAUGAAAGCGAAGCCUGGCUCCACAGACAGAAUGAAGAACCGGUGUUCUCCAAGGAUGGCCGAAAGUUCUUCUUUGUCCGAGCCAUCCCACAGGGGGGACAAGGAAAAUUCUAUCACAUCACCGUGUCAUCAUCCCAGCCUAACAGCAGUAAUGACAACAUACAAUCCAUCACCUCCGGGGACUGGGACGUGACCAAGAUCCUGGCCUACGACGAGCAGCGGAAUAAGAUCUACUUCCUGAGCACAGAAGACCUGCCAAGGAGGAGACAGCUCUACAGCGCCAGCACGGUGGGCACCUUCAACAGGCAGUGCCUGUCCUGUGACCUGCUGGAGAACUGCACGUACUUCAGCGCGUCCUUCAGCCACAGCGCCGACUUCUUCCUGCUCAAGUGUGAAGGUCCUGGAGUCCCCACGGUGACAGUGCACAACACAACAGAUAAGAAAAAAAUGUUUGAUCUAGAAACAAACGAGCAUGUACAGAAGGCCGUACAUGACCGACAGAUGCCUAAAGUAGAAUACAGGAAGAUCGAAGUUGACGAUUACAACUUGCCCGUUCAGAUCCUCAAGCCAGCAACCUUCACCGACACGGCCCACUACCCCUUGCUCCUGGUGGUGGACGGCACCCCAGGGAGCCAGAGCGUGGCCGAGAAGUUCGAGGUGACCUGGGAGACGGUGCUGGUGAGCAGCCACGGAGCCGUGGUGGUGAAGUGCGACGGCCGCGGCAGUGGCUUCCAAGGCACCAAGCUCCUGCACGAAGUGGGGCGGAGGCUGGGCUCCCUGGAGGAGAAGGACCAGAUGGAGGCUGUGCGGAUGAUGCUGAAGGAGCAAUACAUUGACCAGGCACGUGUGGCCGUGUUUGGGAAGGAUUAUGGCGGGUACCUGAGCACUUACAUCCUCCCGGCAAAGGGGGAAAAUCAGGCUCAGGUCUUCACCUGUGGCUCUGCUCUCUCUCCAAUCACGGACUUCAAGCUCUACGCGUCUGCGUUUUCCGAGAGGUACUUGGGCCUCCACGGACUUGACAACAGAGCAUAUGAGAUGACCAAGGUGGCACACCGCGUGUCGGCGCUGGAAGAACAGCAGUUUCUGAUCAUUCACGCAACCGCGGACGAAAAAAUCCAUUUCCAGCACACGGCAGAACUCAUUACACAACUAAUUAAGGGGAAGGCUAAUUACAGUUUACAGAUCUACCCGGACGAAGGCCAUUACUUUCACAGCGCCUCCCUCCACCAGCACCUGUUCCGAUCCAUCAUCAGCUUCUUCGUGGAAUGCUUCCGCACUCAGGACAGGCUGCCCACGGCCACAGCGAGAGAGGAGGAGGAGGAGGACUGAGCCCGAGGCAGCCCCAGCGCCCCGGCGGGGCGGGGGGCGGGGGGGCCCUCCUGGAACUGCGAGCAGCCGGGACCCUCCUCCCUCCCCCGCGGGGGCGGGGCCGGGGGCGAGAAGCGUGACUCCCCACAGCAUGUGUGUCUUGCGUCGCGAAGGCGGGGUCGCUCCGGGAGCCGGCUCCUUCCCAGGCCGAGGCGCGCCCUCGCUCACCCGGGCUCCCGGGCACCUGGAGCCGCCCGGCCUCGCCUCCCCCCGGCCCCUCCGCGAGGAACGGAGCAGAGGCUGCGGUGAGGAGCCCGGCCCCGCGCCCCCGCCACGCGCGGCAGCGCUCAGGCGCCCUCGCCAGUCCGUCCGUCCGUCCGUCCGUCCGCCCGCCCGCCCGCCGUGACCGCGCCGUGGAGACCACUAGAGCACAAUUGUUUUAACAGGGCUCGUCCGUAGAUUGGCUUGCUCCUCUCCGUAACUAGGAGAUUCGGCAUUUUAGGGCUGUACAGAGUAUCACUGUAGCCGACGCUAAUGGUUAACCUUAUGGAAUUAAUUCGUAUUUUUCUAUGGUUUUUACCUGACACUGUCUCCGGUCAUGGGGUGGUUUUGCUGUGCUUGCUUGCUUUCUUGCUUUCUCUCUUUCUUUCUUUCUUUCUUUUUUUUUUUUUUUUUUGGCUUUGUUUCGCUUUGUGUUCGGUCAAUGUGUAGGCUUUGCACUCGUUUGAUAAAGAAACAGAUCAGAAGUAACUAACUGCUCUCCCCUCAAGACUGUCGUGAGACUUCGUGGAGAAAUUUCAAAAAAACUGGGGGGGAGAAGACAUCCAACACCAUUCACUAAAAAAAAAGUCAUCAGUAAAACUUCUUUCCCCCAAAGCUGCAUUAGGAUUUGGCUUAGAUUCACACGAUCUCCGUAUGUCUUGAAGCGCAUCCUUUUCCCCCUUGAUAAGUUGUUGAGGCUUCUCAGAUGGCAUUUGGUUAAAAAAAAAACAAGAGAAGACAAAGGGUUGACUCCGCCCCCGAGUCUGUCCGUGUGCAGGGGACAGGCGUCCUGCGGGGACGCGUGGGUGUGUGCGGCCGCCUCCCGCCCUGGGGACGGCUCAGUGCCCUCAGCACCGCGUGCAGGCAGCCUGUCAACGUGAAGGAGGUCCCCUGACCGGAUGUACAGCCGGCGCCCCAGUGUAUAUUCCGUUUUGUUGUGCAUAGGGACCGGAUCGGCGCUGCCCCCCAUCGGCUCUCACCGUGUCGCCUGCAUGCCGACACUCGACACUCGGUGGCUGACCUGCACUCCCCACAGGUGCGAGGUAGAAACCCAUCCGUCACUACUGUUUCCUUUGGAGCUUGUCGACAACCUGAAUGUCAGGACUGACGUCUCCAGCUUCCGGUCCUGCCGGGGGGUCCUCGACGUCCCGUCAGCAGAGAAGAUUCGUCCAUGUAGCUUUUUGGCAUUUGGGGGUUUGGGAUGCAUCCACGUGAGUUCUGGAUGUCAGUUGCGCUUGGCGCAGUUGGAAGGUCUCCAUCACGGAUUUGUUCAGGCGAGACGUCACUGCGUGUGAAAAGGACCAGCACGUGAGCGGCAGGACCCACUCUGAAUGCCACGUGACCGUGUUUUCGCUUUGUCCGUGGGCUUGACCCACUGCAAAGCCAGCGAGGCCUGACAGGGGAAGCCAGCUUUGGCCGCGAGAUCUGGCAGGGGGAACGUGAGAAUGUGGCAUGGUAGCGUUUGUUCAUCCAUGGAAUAAAACAUUAUUU